AAAGAAUUUAAAAAUUUUGAUCUUUCAGACAAAAACAACGAUUUCGUGACAAGCAUUAUUCGUCUCGAGCCGCACGUCCCAAUAGAAGAACCAAAUGAAGAUCUCCAGGAACCUAUGUCGCCAAGGUCAGAUAUUCCUCCAAACGGCGAUACGGACUUCGACGAAGAGGAGGAGGAAGAUUUUGUCACUGCGAGUGAUGACGAAAUCACAAACCAACAACAGGAUCUAGAACCGAUCCAGAGAACCGAAGAAGAGACUCCACAACGAGGACCAGGAAGACCGAAAAUUCUUCAUACUGGUUUAGCUGGUAGACCAAGGAAGCAAUAUAACCUGCUUCAUCAAAUUCAACUUGUGGAUGAUAUAGAGACACCUCAAUGUGUAUCAGAUGCACUAAAUGGACAACAUGCCAAGUUCUGGCAGGAGUCGAUGAAACAAGAAUACGACGCAUUGUUGGAAAAUAACACAUGGCGUUUAGUAGGUUUACCGCCUGGCCAAAAGGCGAUUGGAUCCAAAUGAGUAUUUCGCAUCAAAAGAACUAAGCAUGGUGAUAUAGAAAAAUUCAAAUUAAGACUGGUGGCUAAAGGCUGUGGGCAGCAGCUAGGAAUCAACUAUCAAC